AUGUGCUUCGAACAAUGCUUGGAUUGUUUGUCCAGAUGGAGGUUAUGGAUUAGGCCCCUAUUCAUUCUCCUGUAUGCUUUUGCAGCUCUGGUUUUCGUUCCUUUAUUCCUAGUGAGAUCCUUGCAGGAUGGAUUCAACAAACACGACCAAGAGAUACUUAUUGGGGGUAUUUUUGUGUGGGUUGCGAUUCCCCUGUCUCUGUGGGAAAUUAUACAGCAUGUCAUACAUUACAGACAACCUAAGUUACAAAAACAUGUUAUUAGAAUAUUAUGGAUGGUUCCUAUAUAUGCUAUUAAUGCUUGGUUGGGAUUGAUUUACCCCAAGGAAUCUGUGUAUGUUGACAGUAUAAGAGAAUGUUAUGAAGCUUAUGUUAUCUACAACUUCAUGAAGUUUCUUUUGAACUACUUAAAUAUGGAAAUGGAUUUGGAAGCAAGUUUAGAAUUGAAGCCCCAGGUGAAGCACAUAUUUCCCCUCUGUUGCUUACCAGAUUGGGAAAUGGGGAGGGAAUUUGUUCACAUAUGCAAACAUGGGAUUCUCCAAUAUACUGUUGUUAGACCAUUAACCACAGCCAUUUCUUUUAUAUGUAAAAAUUUGGAUGUUUAUGGUGAAGGACAGUUUAAGGGCAAUGUGGCUUUUCCUUAUUUAGUGGCUGUUAAUAAUAUUUCACAGUUCAUUGCUAUGUACUGUUUGGUGAUGUUUUAUAAAGCCAGUCUAGCUGAACUCAGGCCUAUGAAACCACUGCCCAAAUUUCUCUGUAUCAAAGCUGUUGUGUUCUUUUCAUUUUUCCAGGGCGUGGUGAUCGAACUGCUCGUCUACUUGCAAGUGAUCCGCCCCUCCCCCGACGCCCCCGACGACGGCCCCGCCCUCUCGACCCGCCUCCAGGACUUCCUCGUCUGCAUCGAGAUGUGCCUGGCGGCCAUCGCGCAUCACUACAGCUUCUCCUACGAGCAGUACGCGGUGCAGGGGGCCGGCGGCAGACAGCAGGGCGGGGCGGGGUGUUGCUCCGCCUUCUUGGCCAUGUGGGAUAUUUCUGAUGUGCGCACGGAUAUCAGAGAGCAUUUAGGCAUCGUGGGCAGCUCGAUCAGCAGGCGCAUACGCGGCCGCGGCACGUACACGGUCCCGCGGGGCGAGGACGAGUACGCCCACCUGGUGUCGCCCAGGGGCGCCCACAGCGCGCCCGACCCGCCCGGCUUCUACCAGGGCCCCCACGACGGCGUCUACAAAUACGGCACCGUCGGGAGGCAUCCCGUCAAAGUGCACGGCGCCGGAGACUGCGAAACGUGA